GUAACAAUAUUAUUACUUUUUGACUGUGAGUGUUGAUGAAUGCAUUUAGGAUGAUGGCUCAACGUAAAAUAUUAUCUUUUUUUAAGCCGGAAAGUAAAAGUAAUAAAAGAAGAAGUAAUAGCACUGAGGUUGUCCAUGUAGAAAAGAGACUUAAAACUACCCUUAGUGCCGAAGAAGUUCAGAGUUCUGCCAAACAGCUUUCUCCAGCACAGUUGAAACAACUGGAAAAUAACAAGUUGCAAGCUAAAUUAAAGUUGCAGGCCAAGAAAACAAGGGCAUUAUGUCCAUUAAUUGGAUUAUCUUGGUACAAAGCACUGGAAACAGAAUUUACAAAGGAAUAUUUUCAGAAGUUGAGUAAGUUCCUGGAGAAUGAACAACAGAAGUACACCAUUUAUCCACCACAGGAUCAAGUGUAUUUAUGGACUAAGAUGUGCGAGAUUGAUGAGGUCAAAGUGGUCAUUUUAGGUCAAGAUCCAUACCAUGGACAAAAUCAGGCACAUGGUCUUGCUUUCAGUGUUCAAGAAGGAGUAACACGACCACCAAGUCUGAUCAACAUCUACAAAGAAUUAAAAAGUGAUAUACCUGGUUUUACACCACCUUUACAUGGGAAUUUGACAGGAUGGGCUAAACAAGGUGUUUUACUGCUGAAUGCCUGUCUCACUGUACGUGCUCAGCAACCUAACUCCCACAAGGACCAGGGCUGGGAAAAUCUGACAGAUGCUGUCAUCAAGUGGCUUAGCUGCAACCUUUCAGACAUUGUGUUUUUUCUAUGGGGAUCCUAUGCACAAAAGAAAGGAGCUGUAAUUGACAAGAAAAAACAUUUUGUAUUAAACUGCGCACAUCCAUCACCUCUCUCUGCGAGCCGUGGAUUUUUUGGUUGUCAUCACUUUUCUAAAGCAAAUCAGUACCUGGUAGAGAAAGGGAAGAAACCAAUAGACUGGAAGUAUCUACCGAUUAAAGAAGAGUAAUGCAUCUAAUAUGGUCCAUUAUUCAUAACCUAUUAGCAUCCAUUAAUCUCACAGUUAAUUAAAACUGUCUUCUAUAAUGUUCACAACAAACUUUUGGACUCUGUUAAUCUGUUGUUUCACUUUUCAAUCCUAUUACAUUCGCUAUUCACCUUGAUAUAUACAUGUAUUUCUUAGUUUCAUCUGAAAAACAAUAGGAAGUGAACUUUGGAUUUUUAAGAAUUCUUACUAAAAAUUUGACAUCAGCAUUUUUUCUUUGGACUUAUGAGCCAGCUGUAACUUGGGAGUAAAGUUUUUGUUAGUUUGAUGAUAUUAUCAGUUAAUGUUUAUUUGAAUAUUGCUGACAAAUUGUCACUUUUAAUUUGUGAAAUGAGAUUUUAUCCUCUUUUUUUAUAAUAGCAUAAAUUAUUUCCUUAAGUUGUAUAGCUACUUGAACAAAAUUUCAAGUACAAUAAUUAGUUUUGUAAUUAAUAAAUGUUGUAUUUAUUGUACAUUUUU